UCCCUCUGUAGAUGCAAAGACCGCCGUCCGUGCCAUUGCUUGUCCACGAUGCUUACUGUACACCCUUCUACACACUCCGUUAAGAUCCCAUUCUUGCAUUCGCACAUCUUUUCAAAUCCCACCUUCUUCCUUUCGUUUCCUUAGCCGUUUUUAUCUCUCAUGUCUGUCUUGUCCGAACUGUUUCCUGCAUUUUGGAAGUAGCGAUCUUUGCAACCUGUUCGACUAUGGAGAUUUCAAUCUGGGUUUCGGUUCUUUCUGUUCUUCUUUGCUUUUUCGCAUCUGGGUCCCUCUCAAUUGACGACUUUCAUCAAGCGUUUCCUAUAGUGGAACCUGAUCCAGGUCAUACAAAGCUUCGUCUAUCAAGUGAAGGCUUGGAAGCCAUCAGCAGAAUAACAACUCCAAUUGCAGCUGUUGCUGUAAUUGGUCCAUACCGCUCUGGCAAAUCUUUUCUGCUUAAUCAGCUCCUUUCCCUUUCUUGUUAUGAAGGAUUUGGUGUUGGACACAUGCGUGAUACAAAAACAAAGGGGAUUUGGGUUUGGGGAACCCCACUAGAAAUGGACAUUGAUGGAGUGAAAACUUCUGUUUUUUACCUUGAUACGGAGGGGUUUGAAAGUGUUGGGAAGUCAAAUGUAUACGAUGACCGGAUUUUUGCUUUGGCAACUGUUAUGAGUUCUGUACUUAUUUAUAACUUGCCUGAGAUGGUUAGUUUCUUUGCCUGCAAUGUUGUUACUAAACACUCUUUGUAUGGAACUUUGUGAGGUUGGGCAGCCAAUAGUACUUGGCUUUGCUGUGCCUUUGAAGCUAAAAUCUUGUACGAAUACAAAAUUAUGGAUGUUAACAUUGAGUACUUCUGCUUAUUUUGUUUGUUGAUAUACAUUGUCUGUCAUUAUCACUUUAGAUACGUGAGGCUGACAUUUCCAGGCUGUCAUUUGCUGUUGAGCUUGCUGAAGAGUUUUAUGGAAGGUUUGCUUUCAUGCCAUAUCUGGUUGUAUUCUGUUUAUUGAUCAAGCUCUUUGGGUAUUGAAUGUUAAUCACUGUUU